ACUGCCCAUCCCGGCCACCCUCCCUCAGGGGACUCCUGAGCCUCAGAGACAUCUGGCAGAACCAAGAGAGUCUCAGAAAUCAAGAGGCCUUCCCUCUUCCGGGACCUGCACGCCUGUGUUCCAUCUCCUCCCGUUACACCGCGAUCGCUCGCUUCAUUUUAAGGGGGCACGUGGUGGAGAGGAAACAGAGGACUGACGGCUAGUGGUCCUCACUUCUAAUCCAGGCCGCCUCCCCCUGCCGGCGUCUGUCUCCCCAGCUAUCCCACUGGAUGGCUUCUCGCACCCUGAGCAAGUGCUGAAACCAGUCUGUGACUCUGGGAGCCCCCUUUCCCGGGCCCUGAGACCUGAGGGCAGGGAGCCAGUGGCGCGCAUGUGGGGCCCCAUGGACCUGCCCCCGCAGCUCUCCUUCGCCCUCUACAUGGCCGCCUUCGCCCUGGGCUUCCCGCUCAACGCCCUGGCCAUCGCAGGUGCCGUGUCCCACGCCCGGCUGCGCCUCACCCCCAGCCUGGUCUAUGCCCUCCACCUGGGCUGCUCUGACCUCCUGCUGGCGACGUCUCUGCCCCUGAAGGCGGCGGAGGCCCUGGCCGGGGGAGCCUGGCCCCUGCCAACCUCACUCUGUCCUGCCUUCGCCCUGGUCCACUUCGCUCCUCUCUACGCGGGCGCCGGCUUCCUGGCCGCCCUGAGCGUCGGCCGCUACCUGGGAGCCGCCUUCCCCUUGGGCUACCAAGCUGCCCGGAGGCCGCGCUAUUCCUGGGGCGUGUGUGUGGCCAUAUGGGCCCUUGUCCUCUGUCACCUGGGGCUGGUCUUCGGGUUGGAGGCUCCGGGAGGCUGGCUGGACAACACCACCAGCUCCCUGGGCAUCAGCAAGCCAGUCAACGGCUCUCCAGUCUGCCUGGAGGCCUGGGACCCGGCCUCGGCGGGCCCCGCGCGCUUCAGCCUCUCGCUGCUGCUCUUUUUCCUGCCCCUGAUCAUCACGGCCUUCUGCUACGCGGGCUGCCUCCGGGCGCUGGCCCGCUCAGGCCUGAGCCACAGACGGAAGCUAAAGGCGGCCUGGGUGGCCGGCGGGGCUCUGCUCACGCUGCUGCUCUGCUUGGGACCCUACAAUGCCUCCAACGUGGCUGGCUUCCUGCACCCCAGCAUCGGAGGCUGCUGGCGGAAGCUGGGGCUCAUUACAGGUGCGUGGAGCGUGGUGCUCAACCCACUGGUGACCGGCUACUUGGGAGGGGGCGCUGGCCGGGGGACAGCGCGUGGGGCAAAAACAAAAGGGGGGCCGUCCCAGAAGUAGUCAUCACUGCAGAGGGGAAGGGGCAGGGAGCAGGAGAGCCAGACUGUUUCUCCAGGCGCUUGGCGAGGGCUGCUCUGAAGGAACUGCAGGGUGGUUUUGCCUGGGGGGCAUCCCCGGAGCCACUCAUGGGAAGAACUGAGCCUGGCAGAAGAUGGCAUCCCAGGUGGAGAGAAGAGUGGAGGCCUGGAGCUGGGUCACAGGAGGAAGGUAAGCUGCCUCGGCACACAUCUGCGCGAUUUCCCACCUCUGUCCGUUUCUCUUCUCCCGAGUCCUGACUGGCCUGACUGCCCGUGUGCCCUGAGGGGAAGGAGGAGGGAGGUUUGCUUCUAAGCCAGAGGAACUGCCGCCACUCUGAUGGUCUACUUUGGGAGAUGUUACUCCAUAAUCAUUUCCUAGGAAAGACCAUUUUGAAUUUCUGAAUAAGAGGCCGGAGGAGGCAAGGUAAUGACACUGUUAUACCGCUUGACACCACAAGGGAGCAGCAUUAGAAAUGUGAACAGGACGCUGGUAGGAGAAGAUGCCAGGGGAAGGGAAAACACUAGCAACUCCAGAAAUACACGUGACAGUCACCACGCCAAGUGCUUUACAAGCGUUGUCUCAUUUCAUCCUCCCACAUUCCUUCGAUUCAGCCAUGCGGCUGCUGUACAGAUGAGCAGGACUGCUCACUGCAAGAGGGUGUCAGGCAGAGGCGCAAACACCGACGAAAUUCUACCCUGUGCUUU